AUGGCUCCAGAGUCCCCCAUGGCUGAUCCGCAGCACGCCGAGUUCAAGGCCAUACCUCCGACACCAAAGGCAGGCAGUGAUGCCGGUGGGGGCGAGGAUGAACGCUACUGGGAGGCAUACGUUGAAGUUGAAGACCUUCCGACACGUGCGCCUCGAAGCAGAAUAUCGCCUACCAACCUCGAACAGAGUCAAGGGCUCAGCUCUGCGGACGUCGAGGAGAUUCGCAAGGUGUGCGGGUUUAACAGACUGUCCCCACCUAAGACAGUGCCCGACUACAUCCUGUUCCUGCAGCAGUUUCUCGACAUGUUCAUGAUCCUGCUGUCCGUCGCGGGGCUUUUGAGUCUCAUCGCCUACUUCAUCGACACCUCAACAACGCUGAACCUGUAUCUGUCGCUGGUGCUCUUCGCAAUUGUGAUCGUCACGUGCACCAUCACGUUCCUGCAGGCGCGUUCGACGAGCAAAGUGAUGGAUUCGUUCAAGAACAUGCUCCCGCAGCAGUGCACGGUAGUGCGAGACGGCGUGAACCAGACGAUCCCAGCUGAAGAGUUGGUGGUUGGUGACUUGGUUUGGGUACGCAACGGUGACAAAGUGCCAGCCGAUCUGCGCAUUCUACUAUGUAACAAUCUGAAGGUGGAGAACUCGUCUCUCACGGGUGAAUCCGAGCUCAUUACUAUCACGUCGGAUGCCCAGGAGGACUCGGUGGCUCACUUGGAAUGCAAGAACGUUGUGUUCAACGGCUCGUUGUGCUUCGACGGGUCCGCGUUGGGUCUCGUGCUGAGAAUCGGAGACAAGACAGUGAUCGGUCGUAUUGCUGAGCUAGCGACGUCAACCACCGCGCGUGAGACCAACAUGCAGCGUGAAGUGAAGGCGUUCGUGCGUUUUAUUAGUGUUCUAGCUGUGGGUAUGGCUGGUAUCCUGUUCACGAUUGGAGUUGUUCGCAAAGGAGGCGACGACGUGAUCUCCACCUUCGUCAACGGCUUCUUGGUGAUCAUCGUGGCCAACGUACCUCAAGGUCUUCCUGCCACGGUGACGUCGUUGUUGACGAUCACAGCGAGUCGAAUGGCAGCACGCAACGUGUUCGUCAAGCGACUGGAUUGUGUGGAGACAAUGGGGUCCAUCUCGCUGAUCGCGACGGAUAAGACCGGCACGCUGACCAAGAACGUGAUGACGGUGACGGAUACCUGGGCUGGCGGGGAGCUCGCGGCUCAAUCUACUGGAGAUCGAGUGGUGAUCCAACUGGACGAUAAAACGGAUUACUUGGCAGGAAUGACUCCUAAGGCGGUCUUGGUUCGUGGAGCUUCACUUUGCAACCGUGCAGCACCAGACGCCACGGCACCUGAUAACAACAAACCCACACCGGUAGACCCCAAGGACGAGAAAAUGAUGAGUACAGCUGCACCGCCCAGUCAAAGAAGCUCGUUCAGCCUCUCUCGACUCAGUUUCCAAAGCCAUACAUCAGCACGUGAGCAAACCAAGGCCAAGCGUCAGUACACCGGCAAUCCAUCGGACAUUGCGCUGCUACGCUUUGCGGAUAUGCAUUACUCGUCCGAUAUCACCCGUGAGGAAUACCCGUUGGUGUUUGAGAUUCCAUUCAACUCCACCAACAAGUGGCAGCUAGUGAUCGUACCUGCUCCACGUGAGAAGGCCACACAACGCAGCUUCGACGUGUUCAUGAAAGGCGCGCCUGAGGUGAUCAUCAAGCGAUGCAGCACAAUCCUGUCGGCCACGGGCGAAGAAUUUCCCAUCAAUGAUUCGUUGAUGCGCGAAUUUACCCAAAUGUAG